GUCUCCUCCUCUAAAUAGGCCACAAAUCUCUCCAUACUUCUUCUGCAGAUAGUUCAUCUCCAUUAACACCAAACCCGCUCUCAAUCGGAUCAAUUGGUAUGGGCUAUUGGCAGUCUAGUUGGGGCCCAAGGGGGCUUAUUAAGAAAGCCCAUGUAAGCCCACUGAUAGUCACUUGAGAAUUCACGUGGGAUAUUUUAUUUUAUUUAAUAUAUAAUAAUAUGGUGACAGUUUUCACGUAGUACAAUAAUAAACAGGAAAGCCGCCUUUAAAAGUGACAUCAGCGCUAGAGGAAAUGAUGGCGUCAUGACAUCCAAGUGGCCUGUUACAAAGAGCCACGUACGCAAAUUAUCCAAUGUGGCGAGGGCUCUGCCGUUCUGGCCAUGCAACCUUAAUAUACUCCCACUCGCAUUCACGGAGCGUGUCUGUAACUCUCAGCUCCUUUCAGUCUGUAACUAUCAGCUCCUUUCAUUAGCCCUAUCCCUAUGCUAUUUAGUUGAAAGAUCAAGUCUAACUAGUUGAAUAAAAACAAAAAUAAGAUAUAUAUGAAUGGAUCAGGUAAGAAAUUGACAUAGAACGGGUCAAGAAUGAGGCAGGACAGUGCAGGAUAGGACGGAUCGGAAGUUGAUACACAUGAUCCGCCCCGCGCUACUGCGGGUCGAAUAAUACCCGCCCAUCACGUGUUAGAUCGGAUAAUACCCGGACGGAGCGGGUUCAAAUUGUCAUCCCUAUCCAUCACCCUAUCACAUAAAUAUGUGAGAGAAACAACACCCAAGGUCCCUAGCUAUUAGUUCAUGUAUAUAGAGAAAAUAUCUUUGCAUCUUCCUCCCUCAAGUUGCACCAAUUGAUUGGAGUGGACACACACAUCCCCUAGUGGGGCGUGGCUAUUUUCAUGUAUCGAUCACCUUUUCAUCUCUAAACAGUUUUUUCCAAUCUUGUCACCGUGCGAUUCCGCCAUCAAAGCUUUCAACUUUUCUCCCUCUCAUCCAUCUCCUUAUUAGUUCUCUCAUCCACUUCUUGCCCUUUCCAGCUCCUUCCCUUCUCCCUCUGCUGGAUCGAUGAUCCCCGUGGAGAAUCUGGCGAUGGACAUGAAGCUGGCAGCAGCAAAGAAGAAGAAACAGAGCAACAACAGAGGAAGCAGAAACAGAGGAGGAGGAGGAGGAGGAGGAAAUUAUAAGGGUAUUAGCGAGCCCAUGAGAGUGGUGUACAUCUCCAACCCAAUGAAGUUCGAGAUCCGUGCCUCCGAGUUCCGCCGACUCGUUCAGCAACUCACCGGCCGGGACGCCGAGUUCCCACCUUCCCUUGGUCGCCAUCACCACGGCAACAGUUCUUCGUCAGAAAGCAGUAGUUCUAAUUGCAGCAGCCUCAUAACCACUGCUACUGAAGCAGCAGCUACUGUUGUUGAUUCUUCUGUCAGUGGUGGAGAUGACGUGGCUCCCUCGCCGGGAGAAGUUCACGACGCGCCGCCGCAGGUGGAGGAUCAGGCGGUAGAUGAUGAGCAGCUCGACGAGUGGGGCUGCGGGGAGUUUGUGCCGGAGAUGUUGGAGAACACGGCCGUGUUUCAUUCUUGGCAUUUCGAUUUGGAUUUUGUUGAACUGAUCAAUUCAUAAACAAUGUUUUAGAAACGGGCUGGGAAUACUGGGUAACCGACGCUAUUAAUCUCUCACCUAGGCGCGAUUAAUAGCUGGGCAGGAGGAAAUCGCCCCGUCUAGUUUUGGGCGAUUGAUCUAGGCACCUAGGCACUCGGAGGUGCGUUUUCACCCUGGUGGGCGACGCCCAGAACAGCUAAUAAAGGGGAAAGUGUAGCCUUUUUGUGAAAAUCCCAAACCCUAUAUUCUAUUUCCCAUUUCCAUUCGACCAGCCGCUCCCUCUCAUCGACCAGCAGUGAGAUCUCUCCUCAUGGUUUUCUACUUAGGAUGUUUGGGAUUGUGAAAAAGGGUUGUAUGUGUAUAUGAAUGGAUGAAUAAUGAUAUGGGGACUUG